AUGGCACGAACAAGAGCUACAGGUCUUCGAAAUACAAGCCCCGUUCCUCCUCUUCUGGAGCCUGCAACGGCUGCUACUGAUUCAUCUCUUUCGAAUCCUGAUGCUCCUCCUCAAGAACCCCCAAUUUCUAGGGUUCUGAGUUCUCCCAUCCAUGUCUCCAAUCGUUUCUCUUCUUUUUCCGUUCUUGAUCGACCUGCCCAUGAAGAUGGUAGUAGUCCCUACUUCUUGAGCACAGGAGAUCAUCCAGCACUUGUUCUUGCCUCUCCUCCCCUCAUGGACAAGAAUUUUCAACAAUGGAGAAGGGAUUUCAAGAUCUCCAUUCGGGCAAAGAACAAGCUCCCCUUUCUCAACAGAUCUCUCCCUCAACCAGCUGAAGAUGGUCCUCUUCUCAAUCAAUGGCUUCGCUGCAACCACAUGGUAAUGUCUUGGAUACUUCACUCUGUUUCCCCUGACAUCAAAAGUAGUAUUAUGUUAUUGGACACUGCUGCUGCUAUGUGGAAUGAACUAAACAGUAGGUUUGAUCAAGGCAACGGACCUAAGAUCUUUGAUCUUUGA